UUUGUUUGUGACGGCAAGUAUAAGAGCACUUUUACUACGUUCAUUUAUAUACAGGUAAUAAAACGGGUAGCUAUUAUCUUCGAUAACAGCUCAGUGUGGAUAGGUCACGAUACGUUUAUGAUUACAACUAAAUUUCAUAAGGACAUGUGCUUCACAGGUUCAACAUUAGACUACUAGGUCCAAAACCCCUUGUCUGGACCUAACGUCUAUUUUCUGUAAAGCUGGUUGAUAAAUUAGUGUCUCUUUUAUAAAUCUAGAGAUCAGAUCGACGUGUCGCAGCGAUAGGGCAAUAUCUGCAUGGUCACAAUUCGUACGCAUUUCCCAUCCACAGUUGCUUGUGGGCUAAUAGUGGCCCCUGGAAGCUAAUACAGUGUUCAAGCAUCCUGUGCGUGGCACUCACGUAAAGGACUUAUGACCCAUUGAUCGCUUCAGGGAGAUGCAUAGUUGGUUACCGGCCUAGACUUAGUGUAUCCCUCACCCACGCCAGGCGCCGCAGGCGGAAUGGUGAGGGGGCUAAGGCGGUCUUAUUUUCGAGGAGGGAAAUAAGACCGCCUCGGCCCGUUCUGCGGUUCCAUGGUUCAUCCAAGUUACACAAAUAACCCCACAUCCCAGAGCCAUUUGCGUUUACCAAGAAGUUUGACUGUUUCAGAUCGUGUACACGGCUUUUGGAGAUAAUGGUUUAUAUGCUAGUCAAUGAGAAGAAUGAGUUUGAUGAGAAGAUCGGCGGAGCUGGAGAUAAGCUCGUUGUCGUGGACUUCUUUGCAACAUGGUGCGGACCAUGUAAACAGGCCGAACCAAUCUUUAAGCGAAUAUCAGAACAGUACGCCGACGUGAUCUUUCUCAAGGUCGACGUAGAUGAAAACGAGGACGCGGCUACGGAAUAUGACAUUGCCUCAUUACCAACCUUUAUAUUUUUCAAGAACGGUGAAGUUGUUGACACACUUAUGGGCGCUCUGACUUUUGACAAGCUCACGGAAGCGAUUGACAGGAACAAGUAAAGUUUCCAUCGUUAAAUAUGAUGUUUUUCUCCUGCCGAGCUUCAAGUUCAUGGGCUCGGUGUUAAAAAAAUCAAGUACGCUUUAUUACGGCUUUGGAUUUUUUGUGCCCCUGAGCACCUCACUUCGAUCAAUAGCACGGGAUUUCGUUAAGUAACUUUCUACAUCUAUGGAAUCUGCAAGCCGCAAAAUCCAAUCAAUAGAUAUUGGUUGCUUCUGCCUAUUUAUCCCGAUUGUUAAAGAAUAGUUUUCAAUAGCUUGCUAUACGAAAAUGAAGCGGCUCCUUUUGAUAACAGAGUCUAAUUGAAAUUCAUUUAGCAUAGAGCACAUUCUACACCUCAACCUAGAAAUUUAGAAGCUUCUGGAUAGAUAGACGUAGUCAGCACGUAAUGCCUAAUAGAACUAUGGCUUCUAAAUUAUGAUAUGAUCGGUAUCAUAUUGCAGAGUCUAUGACAGAGCAAUAUGGUUAGGUAGCGAGGAAGUGUGAAGAGCAGUAGCAGAGUGCUACGAGAAACAUGAAUGAGGUAUAAUUGAAUGUAUCACUCAUUGGCUAACAGCUUUUAGUAAACGACUUCGUAUCUCAUUCAAGUAUCUAUAGUAAAGAAAAUGCUGGAUGAAGUGUCCGACAACCAUAUUUCAUGAUCUAUAAGUAACGAAUAAAAUCAAUGUCAGCAUAUUGGUCAAGUCUAUAUCUUAUGCCUAUCCAUUGUAAAACGUUAAAAUGUUAGAUAUGUUCGACAGCUAAAAAGGGGGGGCGAAAAAAUUAAAAAUGGCUGAUUGGCAUAGACUCGGUUCUACAUGGAAGAUACGAAAUUAUCCAUCCAUCACAACAUGGAUAGAGGCCAACUUACGCUUCGUUUGCUACAAAACGAAUACGUUCAGCGAAUUCGAAAAUGAAAAAAUCGAGCUCAUCUAAUAACCGAUCGAUGCCUAGUUAUUCCCUAACUACAUUUUCUCGAAUGCUGAGAUAAUACAGCUUCACAAAAACUACACAUUUACCUGAUCCCUUAAUCGAGAUAUGAAAUCGCUUCCUCCAGGUCAGGGCUGUACGUCAUUCGACGAUCACAAAACCCUAAAUAGCUUACCCGCGCAUGA